GUUUGUUAGAGUGUAUAUGAGUAUGCCACAGAUGCGCGCGGGCACAUUCUGCGCAGCGCGGGUGUUGCGCGCGCGCGGGCUGUGGCGCGCCGCGCUGCGCCUGCGCGGCAGCGGCCAGGGGAGACUCAUGCUGAACGAAUUACGAGACCACUUGAACAAAGUGAAGAGGCAUUAUUAUUUCAUCAGAAAACCGGCGCCUACACAAUACAAAAGCAGUAUCCUUGAGUUCAAGAAAAGCCUGAUGGCGCUGAAGGAGGCGCGUGACGAGGAUGGGGAGCUGCUGCUGGCGCGGCCCGACUAUCUGCUGGAGAUCGCUGGCUGCUAUCUUAUGAGAAACCGCGCAGACGCGACAUUGACGGACGAUUCGGAUCCGAUCUGUCUCCGACAGACCUUCCCCUGCAUCCUGCAGCCCACGUCCUCGCUGCUCACCGCUUGGAACUGGCUCAUGGCUUGUCUCAUCUUGGCCGUGUGCUUCAUACAUCCGUACCACAUCAUCUUCAAGAAGACCCCUUCCUUGAAGUUCCGUUUCUUCGAUAACAUGGUGGUGGCGCUCUACGUGCUGGACAUUAUUGUCUAUCUCUGUACUGGGACCAACGUUGAGGAAGGUGAUGCAUUCUUUUAUUUCUCAUAUCAUCAGUUCUUCACCAUCAAAAGAUUGUACUCCUUAAAGGCCAGCGACGCACUUGAAACCCCUCUCGUGUUGCAUGUAUCCAUGGGCGACGGUAAUUGCUCACCAUCAGACGAUUCGUCUACUCGUUCGCCUCCUAUAUCAUAACCAUAUCAACAUAGACCAAUAAACUGUUGAUAAGGGACAUCAACUCAAGUCAUCAAGUCAUCACUAAAAUAGUUUUUUAGUAAGAACCAUCUUCUGGGCACAGUACUUACAACCCUUCUCUUAAAUAUUGGCCACAACGCUACUCAGCAGACGAUGCACAGUUUACACUGCAAAACCCCUACUAUUCCCUACUUAAUUUAAAACACAUCACUCCGUAUACCAUGCUUCAAGUUCCGGAGUAGUUCAUCCUUUACUGUACAAGACGGUACUGUAAAGAGGGACAACCUAACGUGGAUGGCGUCGUAAAUAAUUAGAUAUACAAUGCUUUACACUUUCAUAUAUUUGUUCACUAUUUCUCAGCUACGGUACAGCUCAACUAGUACUAAUCCCUGCCUCUUCUAAAAUGCCGGCGCACACAUCCUUUCCGUCUGACAGCGACCAUCAGUUCUAAAUUCAAAUAAAGCAAUUGCUCCACGGCCCGAUCAGAAGAAUGAUUAAGACACGAUUAAGAUAUUGGAAAGAUCUUUAAAAGAUCGAUAAUUAAACGACACGUCAAAAUUGACGUUUAUUUCGAUUCCGCUGUUAUCCCAAUAAGAUCUAUCUACGAUAUCUAUAACGUCAAAGUGACAUUGGUUGCCCGAAUCAAGCUGCUUCUGACAAUUGUACGACAUACAAACGAUAUCUAAAUAAGAACUUAUCUAAACCAGAACUUAUCGUUAUUGUAUUUUAUUCUUCGAAUCGGGCCGCCAGUCACCGUCUGUCGACUAAAAAGGCAGCAAAGCUGGCAAACCUUUGUUACAGUAUAAGUAUAGUUUAUACUUAUUCCCAAGCGUUCGGCGACGUGCACACGACGACACAUACUUUGGCAAUGACUUGCAAAAUACUGGACGCCUCACGAUGCUUUCUUUUCAUUACACUUCUUUUACAAUUGCCCCUGAAUUCACAUUUAUGAGGUCGGAUAACGAGCUGAUUUGUUAAAUUCGAGCGACUUUUCAGAGGGAAAAGGAUUCUGAUUGUCAAGAAUUUUGACACGACUUCCGAACUUUGAUUCUGGUAUACUUUUGCAGGCCCUUUAACAUUUAUGGAGAUGAUAUUCCAGAUUCUAAGCAGCUGCGGUUGCGAUGAUUUUUUUGAAGGUGCUAGCUUCGACACUUAUCUUCUUUUCCCAUCGCUUCAGCCCUAACCUAACCAAUGUUUACCUCUUUCCUUUCUUCCUCUUUCGAACACGCAGGCGUCCCUAUAACGUUCAUGGAGACGGCCUCGAAGCAAGUGCGGUCGCCGUGGUUUUUGGUUGACGUGCUGGCUACGGUUCCCAUCUUCUCUUUCAUAGCGGAAGGAGAGUUAGGUGGGAUCAACAGGAUACUUAGGUUUCCAAAGGUACUUAAAGGUUUAUACACUUAUAUAGUGUUAUUCAUAAAAGUCUAACAAACUGUUGAUAAUCGUUUGUCCCUAUUAGUCAUUUCGAAAUUUCUAUUAGAUAGACACAACAUU